AGACAUGAAGACAGAAAUAGUUGGCGGGAGUGAGAAAAAUAUAUGGAGUUCAAUGUUGUUCAUUACAGCAUUUCUGAUAUUGGGAUGGAGAAUUAUGGAUCGGAUUUGGCUUAAACCUAAGAAGAAGGAGAGGAUGCUUAAGCAGCAAGGCUUCAAAGGGAACCCAUAUACCCUGACCAGGCUUCUGUUUGGAGACGUAAAAGAGAACUCAGUCGAAUAUGCUGAAGCCUUGCGAAAGACUAUCAAUAUUCACGACGAAGCUGUUCCCCGUGUCAUGCCCUUCGUUCAUAAAACCAUUGAAAAAUACGGUAAAAUGUCGUUCAUGUGGGUUGGACCGAGACCUCGGGUGCUCAUUAUGGAUCCUGAGUUGAUGAAAACAGUGAUGAGUAAAUACAAUAUUUUCAAAAAGAAUUUUAAGGUAACCAAUAAUAUAGUACAAACACUUAUUAGUGGAAUCCUUAAUCAAGAGGGAGAAGAAUGGAGCAAAAACAGAAAGACUCAAAAUCCAAUUUUCCAACUGGAAAAAAUUAAGCAAAUGAUACCUGCAUUUCAAGUAAGCUGCGAUGAAAUUGUGAACGAAUGGAAGAACUUGGUGUCGAGCUCCAAGGAUGGCUCCUGUGUGGUGGACGUGAUGUCUCAUAUAGAAGUCUUGACCACAAAAGUAGUGUCCCGAACUUUAUUUUCCACUGACUAUGCUCAGGAUAAAAGGAUCUAUGAAAUUCUUAAAGAAUUGACCGCUAUUGCGAGACAGACAACCCGAAUAGCUGAUUUACCGGGAGCAAAGUACGUUAUUGCACUUACAUUGUCGUCGUAUGUUUACAAUGAUGUAUCUUCCCACUAUGACAAAUCGAAGGUCAAAACAGAUAAAAAAAGGAAUUAA